AUGCCAAUGCCUCAGGCAAAUCCUCAGCCUGGUCCGUUUGGGAAUGCAAUUCCUCAGCCUAACCCGUUUGGGAAUCCCUUCUCUGGACCUGGCUCUGGACUUAUCCGUAGUGGCUUGGGAGCUUACGGGGAGAAAAUUUUCGGCUCGAGCUCUGAGUAUGUGCAGAGCAACAUAAGUCGCUGGUUCUCUGAUCCCCAAUACUAUUUUCAAGUUAAUGACCAAUAUGUGAGGAACAAGCUGAAGAUUGUUCUUCUUCCGUUCCUUCACAGGGGACACUGGACUAGAAUCUCAGAACCAGUUGGGGGUAGACUUUCAUACAAACCCCCAAUAUACGAUAUAAAUGCUCCAGACUUAUACAUUCCGCUUAUGGCAUUUGGCACUUACGUUGUUCUUGCUGGUUUCUCACUUGGACUCUAUGGGAAGUUUAGCCCGGAAGCUCUGAAUUGGCUUUUUAUGAAAGGAGCGGUUGGGUGGUUUUUGCAAGUCAUGCUGCUGAAGAUAACAUUGCUCUCAUUGGGUAGCGGAGAAGCACCUCUCUUGGAUAUUGUGGCGUAUGCAGGCUAUACUUUCACGGGACUCUGUCUAGCUGUUCUUGGCAAGAUCAUCUGGGGAUACUCUUACUAUGCUUUGAUUCCGUGGACCUGCUUAUGCACCGGGGUGUUCUUAGUGAAGACAAUGAAGCGAGUUCUCUUUGCGGAAGCUAGGAGUUAUGACUCGAGCAGGCAUCACUAUCUCUUGAUCUUUGUAGCUUUAGCACAGUUUCCUCUUUUGAUGUGGCUUGGCAACAUUAGUGUUAAUUGGCUCUUUUGA